GCAGUUGACAGCAAAUUGAAAAAAAAACUUAUGGGAACCUCUUUCUUCGGUUUAAUCGCCAUUCCCAUUUCACCUUUGCCUCCUUCGCAUUUGUAUCUCCGCCCCACCUCUCUCUCUCUCUCUCCGUCUUUCUCUCUCUUAUUUAUAAGCACCUUUUUCUGCCAUACCCUCGUUUCAUUUCUAUUCUUUUUCACGCACAAAAGAGAAAGAAUCCUACACUCCAUACGCGCACACACACACACACACACACACACACAAAUAUAUAGAGAGAGGAUUCAAUGGCGGCUAUGUUGCAAUCAUUUGGCGUGUCAUCUGCCUCAGUUGCCUUCUCAGAUCACUCCGCUAAGUUAUCUGUUCGCUCUCUUCCAGUCAUCAGAUCUGAGGCAAGGUCGAUUUCGUGUCCGACUAAUGGAACUCGCUGCACUCGAAAGAUCACCACUAAAGCAGUGGCGACACAGGUCGAAAAUCCUGCUUCAGCUGCUUCCAAACCAGGGCACGAGCUCUUGCUGUUCGAAGCCCUGAGAGAAGGGCUGGAGGAAGAAAUGGAGCGGGACCCACGAGUCUGCGUAAUGGGCGAAGACGUCGGCCACUACGGCGGUUCCUACAAGGUGACCAAGGGCCUCGCGGAUAAAUACGGUGACCUGAGGGUGCUCGAUACUCCCAUCGCCGAAAACUCCUUCACCGGAAUGGCGAUCGGAGCCGCCAUGACGGGCCUCCGGCCAAUAAUCGAGGGCAUGAACAUGGGCUUCCUCCUUUUAGCCUUCAACCAAAUCUCCGACAACUGCGGGAUGCUCCACUACACCUCGGGGGGUCAGUUCACAAUCCCGACAGUCAUCCGAGGGCCAGGUGGCGUCGGCCGCCAGCUAGGCGCCGAGCACUCGCAGAGGCUGGAAUCGUACUUUCAGUCGAUCCCCGGAAUCCAGAUGGUCGCAUGUUCGACACCGUACAAUGCAAAGGGUCUUAUGAAAGCCGCUAUAAGAAGUGAGAAUCCGGUUGUUCUUUUCGAGCAUGUGCUUCUUUACAAUUUGAAGGAGAGGAUUCCCGACGAAGAGUACGUGCUUUCGUUGGAGGAGGCGGAGAUGGUUAGGCCGGGCGAGCACGUCACUAUCUUGACCUACUCGAGGAUGAGGUACCAUGUGAUGCAGGCAGCCAAGACUCUGGUCAACAAAGGGUUUGACCCUGAGGUGAUCGAUAUUAGGUCGUUGAAGCCGUUUGAUCUCUACACCAUAGGAAAUUCGGUGAAGAAAACUCAUCGGGUGGUUAUUGUUGAGGAGUGCAUGAGGACUGGUGGCAUAGGUGCCAGUCUCACAGCUGCCAUAAACGAGAAUUUCCACGACUAUUUGGACGCGCCGAUCGUUUGCUUGUCGUCGCAGGAUGUGCCGACUCCUUACGCAGGGACGCUCGAGGAGUGGACUGUGGUUCAACCUGCGCAAAUCGUGGCUGCCGUUGAGCAGCUCUGUCAGUAGUGGUGAGACCAAUAAUUUAAGGUGGUCGGUCUACUUUUUAAGUCUUCGUAAGCCUCUUUUGCCGGCACCGUUUCCGGUUUGUUUUGCUUUAUAUUAGAAUCGUUUGUGUUUUUCCUUUUCUUUUUUUCCUUUUUUUUAUUCUCUCUAUCGGUGUCGAUCGUAUUUGUUACUAGUUGAUAGUUCAGUUAAUUAAGAACAGUGGAAGUUUCAUGAGUUAUGAACUUAUGAUGCAAACUGCAAAGUUACGUUAGUACAUGCCGUUUACCAUAACAUGUGGUGGCAUUAUUAUGUUAUAUUGUUAUUUGAAACAUUA